AUGUCGGUCUUGACAACAUAUCCAGAUACGUUGUUGAUCAUGGCACGGAGAGGGAAAGUGGCACCAGAGGUAGGAUCGGAAAUCAUGAUACGAAUUUCAGCACCAGUGACACGAAGACGCCACAGACGACGACCGAAUCUCUCCAAAAAUCCACCAAAGGCGUCUUCAACUUGCUUGGGAUCCAAGGUGAAAACAGCAGUAAAAUUGAUGAAGAUGUGGUUAAGAUCAGUGUUGGAAGUUUCAACAAUCUCAAGAGCAUCGAGAAUGUCAGUCAUGAGACGGUUAGCCUCGGAAAUAAGGUAUGAUGGGGUAGAAAUAUCAUCUCUGAUACGGCCAGGAGUCACAAUACCUCUAGUGAAGAAUCUCUUAUCAGAAGACGAGUUCUUGGCAACUGCUUCGUAG